AUGGCGCAGAGAGAUCAGCUGGACCGAGAAACACUCAGCUGUUCGAUCUGUCUGGAUCUACUGAAGGAUCCGGUGACUACUACCUGUGGACACAGCUACUGUAUGAGCUGUAUUAAAGGAUUCUGGGAUGGAGAGGAUCAGAGGAAGCUCUACAGCUGCCCUCAGUGCAGAGAGGCCUUCACACCGAGGCCUGUCCUGAAGAAAAACACCAUGUUAGCAGCUUUAGUGGAGCAGCUGAAGAAGACUGGACUCCAAACUGCUCCUGCUGAUCACUGCUAUGCUGGACCUGAAGAUGUGGCCUGUGAUGUCUGCACUGGGAGGAAGCUGAAAGCCUUCAAGUCCUGUCUGGUGUGUCUGGCCUCUUACUGUGAGAAUCACCUCCAGUCUCACUAUGAAUCACCUACAUUUAAAAAACACAAGCUGGUGGAGCCCUCCAAGAAGCUCCAGGAGAACAUCUGCUCUCGUCAUGAUGAGGUGAUGAAGAUAUUCUGCCGUACAGAUAAGAAGAGUAUCUGUUAUCUGUGCACUAUGGAUGAUCAUAAAGGCCACGACACAGUCCCAGCUGCAGCAGAAAGGACUGAGAGGCAGAGAGAGCUCGAGGUGAGUCGACUAAACAUCCAGCAGAGAAUCCAGGACAGAGAGAAAGAUGUGAAGCUGCUUCAACAGGAGGUGGAGGCCGUCAGUCGCUCUGCUGAUAAAGCAGUGGAGGACAGUGAGAAGAUCUUCACUCAGCUGAUCCGUCUUCUCCAGAAAAGAAGCUCUGAUGUGAAGCAGCAGAUCAGAUCCCAGCAGGAAACUGAAGUGAGUGGAGUCAAAGAGCUUCAGGAGAAGCUGCAGCAGGAGAUCACUGAGCUGAAGAGGAAAGACGCUGAACUGAAGCAGCUCUCACACACAGAGGAUCACAACCAGUUUCUACACAACUACCCCUCAGUGUCACAACUCAGUGAACCUACAGACUCAUCCAGCAUCAAUAUCCGUCCUCUCAGAUACUUUGAGGAUGUGACAGCAGCUGUGUCAGAGCUCAGAGAUAAACUACAGGACAUCCUGAGGGACGAAUGGACAAAUAUCUCACUGGCAGUGACUGAAGUGGACGUUUUACUGCCACAACCACCCAAGACCAGAGCUGAGUUCUUAAAAUAUUCAUGUGAAAUCACUCUGGAUCCAACUCACAGUGUUUACCGCCUUCAAUGCCCAGACGUGAUUGGCUUAGCGGUAUCACCUGAAAUGGCGCAGAGAGAUGAGCUGGACCGAGAAUCCUUCUCCUGUGUGAUCUGUCUGGAUCUACUGAAGGAUCCGGUGACUACUACCUGUGGACACAGCUACUGUAUGAGCUGUAUUAAAGGAUUCUGGGAUGGAGAGGAUCAGAGGAAGAUCUACAGCUGCCCUCAGUGCAGAGAGGCCUUCACACCGAGGCCUGUCCUGAAGAAAAACACCAUGUUAGCAGCUUUAGUGGAGCAGCUGAAGAAGACUGGACUCCAAGCUGCUCCUGCUGAUCACUGCUAUGCUGGACCUGAAGAUGUGGCCUGUGAUGUCUGCACUGGGAGGAAGCUGAAAGCCUUCAAGUCCUGUCUGGUGUGUCUGGCCUCUUACUGUGAGAAUCACCUCCAGUCUCACUAUGAAUCACCUACAUUUAAAAAACACAAGCUGGUGGAGCCCUCCAAGAAGCUCCAGGAGAACAUCUGCUCUCGUCAUGAUGAGGUGAUGAAGAUAUUCUGCCGUACUGAUAAGAAGAGUAUCUGUUAUCUGUGCACUAUGGAUGAACAUAAAGGCCACGACACAGUCCCAGCUGCAGCAGAAAGGACUGAGAGGCAGAGAGAGCUCGAGGUGAGUCGACUAAACAUCCAGCAGAGAAUCCAGGACAGAGAGAAAGAUGUGAAGCUGCUUCAACAGGAGGUGGAGGCCGUCAGUCACUCUGCUGAUAAAGCAGUGGAGGACAGUGAGAAGAUCUUCAUUCAGCUGAUCCGUCUCCUCCAGGAAAGAAGCUCUGAUGUGAAGCAGCAGAUCAGAUCCCAGCAGGAAACUGAAGUGAGUGGAGUCAAAGAGCUUCUGGAGAAGCUGCAGCAGGAGAUCACUGGGCUGAAGAGGAAAGACGCUGAACUGAAGCAGCUCUCACACACAGAGGAUCACAACCAGUUUCUACACAACUACCCCUCAGUGUCACAACUCAGUGAACCUACAGACUCAUCCAGCAUCAAUAUCCGUCCUCUCAGAUACUUUGAGGAUGUGACAGCAGCUGUGUCAGAGCUCAGAGAUAAACUACAGGACAUCCUGAGGGACGAAUGGACAAACAUCUCACUGACAGUGACUGAACCCAAGACCAGAGCUGGGUUCUUAAAAUAUUCACGUGAAAUCACUCUGGAUCCAAACGCAGCAAACACAAAGCUGUUAUUAUCUGAGGGGAACAGAAAAGUACAACGGACGGGACAACAUCAGUCUUAUUCUAGUCACACAGACAGAUUCACUGAUUAUCCUCAGGUCCUGAGUAGAGAGAGUCUGACUGGACGUUGUUACUGGGAGGUGGAGUGGGGAGGAAAAGUUUAUGUAGCAGUCGCAUACAAGAAUAUCAGCAGAGCAGGAAAUGAAUCUAUGUUUGGACGUAAUGACAAAUCUUGGUCUUUAACUUGUUACCCUAACAGUUAUCAAUUUUACUUCAACAACAUUCAUACUCUCGUCUCAGGUCCUCGUUCCUCCAGAGUCGGAGUGUACCUGGAUCACAGAGCAGGUAUUCUGUCCUUCUACAGCGUCUCUGAAACCAUGACUCUCCUCCACAGAGUCCAGACCACAUUCACUCAGCCUCUCUAUGCUGGACUUUAUGUUGGUGUUGGAUCCACAGCUGAGUUGUGUAAAGUGAAAUAGACAGAAGUCAUUUCAGACUUCAUGUGUCAGAUGUUGUAAUUCUU